GAAAAAAAGGGGGGAAACUGGAAUUCGCGUUCUCAUUCGUUUUGAUUCCGCGCUUCUUCUUCGUCUUCGUCUUCGUCUUCGUCUUCUUCCUUGUUGAGGAAGGAGGGGGAGGAAGAAACCCUAAUAAUUGAAUAAGGAGGGGAAGGGGAGAUGCCGAUCGAGAUGCCGAGGGGGCUACCGUUCUCGGUGGACACGUGGAGCGCCGCCUCGGAGCGGAAGCGCCACCAUUUCCUCACCCACGCGCAUCGGGAUCACCUCGCAGGGGUCGCCGCCCACGCAUCCUACCCCGUCUACGCCUCCCGCAUCACCAAAACCCUAGCCCUCCACUACUUCCCCCAGCUCGAGGACUCGUUGUUUGUAGAGAUCGAGGUUGGCGAUUCUGUGGCAAUUGAUGAUCCGGAUGCGAAUUUUACGGUCACCGCAUAUGAUGCGAAUCAUUGCCCAGGGGCUGUCAUGUUCUUGUUUGAAGGUGAAUUUGGAAAUAUACUGCAUACGGGAGAUUGUCGACUUACUCCUGAUUGCCUGCAAAAUUUGCCUUUGAAGUACAUAGCUAAUAGAGGAAAAGAAACCGCAUCUCCUCUUGAUUACCUUUUUCUGGAUUGCACGUUCGGUCGAUGUUCGCUCAAAUUUCCGAGCAAACAAUCAGCUAUUCAGCAGGUGAUAAGUUGCAUAUGGAAGCAUCCGCAUGCGCCCGUUGUUUAUCUCGCCUGCGAUCUCCUUGGCCAGGAAGAGAUACUUGCUGAAGUAUCAAGAGCAUUUGGCUCGAAGAUAUUUGUCGAUGAGGCAACUAAUUCAGAGUGUUUUCGGGCCCUUUCUCUUGCGGCCCCUGAAAUCCUUUCGUGUGAUUCAUCAUCUCGCUUUCAGGUGGUUGGCUUCUCCCGAUUAUACGAAAAGGCAAGCGAAAAAAUUGCAGAGGCGCAAUCUAAUCUCCAGCCAGAACCUUUAUUUCUCCGGCCGUCCGCGCAGUGGUACGCAGCCAGCGUUUCUCAGAACCCAAAACCAAACCUGACAGAAGCAGAGAGGGACGAAUUCGGAGUUUGGCACGUGUGCUUCUCGAUGCACUCGUCCCGAGAAGAGCUAGAGUGCGCCUUACAAUUCCUCCGGCCCGAGUGGGUGAUCUCGACGACUCCACCUUGCCUUGCUAUGGAGCUGAGUUAUGUUAAGAAACAUUGUUAUAAGACCAAAUUAACCCCCGACGAUCCGCUUUGGAAAUUAUUCAAGUUAUCCCCCGUCAAAAAGUCUGCAUCAAAGCCGGUCAGCAAAGAAACCCCAAAGACUCAUGAUUUUUCCGAUCAGGACGAGUCGCAGUUAAAAGAUUUACCAAUAAGCCCUCGUGAACUCAAAAAUUUUGAGUUAUCUCCACCGUGUUGCGCAGAACCGUCAGUUACUUUAUUUGGAAGGGCGAGACUUGGACUCGAAGACGAUAAUGCAUUUAUUCAGGAAGAGAAAUCUAAGCGUUUUAUCGCGAAUGAGGAAACAGAAACAGAAUUAUCCCAUGCACAGCAUGUUACACUUGUAGAACAAGUUGCAGCUAAUAAAUCGGAGUCAUCAGAUACAGCAGCUGCGGUCGAAGAAUUAAGCUCAACCGGGGAGAGCACACAAGUGUCGAGUGUCGGGAAUUCGGAGCUUACUGCUGAUGAAUCCGAGUUUAGAAAGGAUAUGGUAUUCUACGGGUCGUUGAAAGGGUAUAAUCCAAGCUUGAGAAGGCUAUAUCGAUCGAUGAAUGUUCCGGUUCCUCGACCUCUUCCUUCGUUAGUUGAGCUUUUGGAAACCUCUAAACGGGUUAAGAUUGGUUCCGGGUCGAAUUAUAGUAGACUAAACAGUUAUUACAGUUUACCUUGAGGUUCUGUUCUUUUUUUUUUUUUCAUUUUAGUCCCUGCAUUUACAUUCGUUGACAUCUUCAUUCGAUUUGAAUCAUUCUUGAGGCAGUGAAUUUUUUUUUCAGCAUGAAAGCUGAGUUUUGAGUGUGUGUACAUAUAUACUGUGAACAAUUUUUCGAAAAAUUUGUAUGCAAUUGUUGUGAUUUUUUAUC